AUGGACCGAUCUGGUGCUCCCUGGUUUGAGGUCCUGCCGCUGAGAGCACACCAUGCUGUCGCCGGCGGCGAGAGCGGUGCUGCUCCGGCUGCUCCAGCUGCUCCAGCUGCCCCGACUCCUGCUGCCAAGGCCGGCAAGUCCAAGGGCGCAAAGGCCCCCGAGUCCGAGCCCGCCGCCAAAGACGCCGCCGCCGGCUCCGGCAACAAGAACCCUGAGAAGGAGGCCAAGCAGAAGGCCAAGAUGGAAAAGUUCCUGGCGAAGCAGAAGAAGCUUCAGGAGCAGUCCGUGAGCGCCAAGCCCGAGAGCCAGGACAAGAAGAAAAAGGAAAAGGAGGUCAAGCCUGUUGUUGAGGUCCCUGCCUUUGUCAACACAACCCCCAAGGGCGAGAAGAAAGAUCUGAGCCAGCCCAUGGCUGCGAGCUACGAUCCCAGGGCUGUUGAAUCGGCUUGGUACGACUGGUGGGAGAACCAGGGUUUGUUCAAGCCCGUUCUUGUCGACGAACAGCCCAGAGAGGCCGGGGCCUACACAAUUGUUAUCCCCCCGCCCAAUGUCACCGGAUCGCUCCAUCUGGGACACGCCCUUACCUGCGCCAUCCAGGACUGCAUGAUUCGCUGGAACCGCAUGCACGGCAAAUCGGCGCUCUACGUUCCGGGCUGCGAUCACGCCGGCAUUGCCACGCAGAUUGUCGUUGAGAAGAAGCUGAUGCGAGAGCGUGGCAUCACCCGCCACGACAUUGGACGUGACGCCUUCCUCGCAGAAGUUUGGAAAUGGAAGGACCAGUUUGGUGAUCGCAUUUACAACCAAUUCCGCCGUCUGGGUAUCUCCGUCGACUGGGACCGCGUCCGAUUCACAAUGGAUCCUAUGCUCUGCACCGCUGUCAACGAGGCUUUUGUCCGUCUGCACGAAGAGGGCGUCAUCUACCGCGAUAACCGACUGGUCAACUGGUGCACGGUUCUCAACACUGCCGUGUCGAACCUGGAGGUCGAAAACAAGGAAUUGGAGGGCCGCACGCUGCUGAGCGUCCCCGACCACGACCCCAAGAAGAAGUACGAGUUUGGUGUUAUUAUCUCGUUUGCCUAUCCCGUCCAUGAAUCAGACGAAGAGAUUGUUGUUGCCACGACUCGCUUGGAGACUAUGCUCGGCGAUACUGCUGUCGCUGUCAACCCCAAGGACCCCCGAUACAAGCAUCUGCAUGGCAAGAAGGUUGUCCACCCUUUCAACGGACGACUUAUUCCCAUUAUUGCGGACGAGUACGUCGACAUGGAGUUUGGAACCGGCGCUGUCAAAAUCACUCCUGCCCACGACUUCAACGAUUACACCGUCGGCAAGCGAAACAACGCCGAGUUCAUCAACAUUUUCAACGAUGACGGCACCAUCAACGAGGCCGGAGCUCCGUUCACUGGUCUGAAACGCUUCGAUGCUCGCGAGGCCGUCCUUGCUGCUCUCAAGGAAAAGGGCCUCUACCGCGAAACCAAGGAUAAUAAGAUGGUGCUGCCUAUUUGCACUCGAUCGAACAACAUUGUCGAGCCUCUUCUUAAGCCCCAGUGGUGGGUCAGCUGCAAGGACAUGGCCGCCGAGGCUAUGGAGGCUGUUCGCAAGGGCGACCUGAAGAUCACUCCCCAAGCCUCCGAAAACGAGUGGUUCCGAUGGCUUGAAAACAUCCAGGACUGGUGCAUUUCGCGCCAGCUGUGGUGGGGACAUCGCGUCCCUGCCUACUUCAUCAAGAUCCGUGGUCGCCAGUCGGUGGACACUGAAGAAAACUGGGUCUCGGCUCGAAACGAAGAAGAGGCUUACGAGCGCGCCUAUCAACGGUUCCCCGACGUCAGCAAGGAUGAUAUUUCCCUGGAGCAAGACCACGACGUCCUGGACACCUGGUUCUCUGCUGGCUUGUGGCCCUUUGCCACCCUCGGAUGGCCCAACAAUACGCCUGACUUCAAGAACUUUUACCCGACCAACCUGCUUGAGACUGGCUGGGAUAUUUUGUUCUUCUGGGUUGCAAGAAUGGUCAUGCUGGGUCUGAAGCUCACUGGAGAGGUGCCCUUCCGCCAAGUCUUCUGCCACGCGAUGGUCCGCGAUGCCCAUGGCCGCAAGAUGAGCAAGUCUCUGGGCAAUGUUAUCGAUCCCAUCGACGCCAUCGAGGGUAUCUCUCUCGAGGGCCUGCAGAGCAAGCUUCUGUCUGGCAACCUUGAUCCUCGUGAGGUUGUCAAGGCCCAGGCCGGUCAGAAAGCCGACUUCCCCAACGGCAUCCCUGUCUGUGGCACGGAUGGACUGCGUUUUGCCCUGCUGGCAUACACUUCCUCCGGUCGCGACAUCAACCUGGAUAUCCUCCGUGUCGAGGGCUAUCGCAAGUGGUGCAACAAACUCUGGAAUGCAGCCCGCUUCGCCCUGAUGAAACUCGGCGACGACUAUGUUCCUCGCUCGGGUGUCGAGCUUACGGGCAACGAGUCGCUCGCUGAUCUCUGGAUCCUCGCCAAGCUCAACAAGGCCACCGCUGAAGUCAACAAGCACCUGGAGGGCAUGAACUUUAUGUCGGCUACCAGUGCCAUCCAUAGCUUCUGGCUGUACGAGCUCUGUGAUAUCUACCUGGAAAUCUGCAAGCCUGUUAUUGACGGAACCGACGCCGUCAAGCGCGAAGCUUCGAAGGACGUCCUCUACAUCUGUCUCGAGCGCGGCCUCACUCUGCUGCAUCCCAUGAUGCCCUUCAUCACCGAGGAGCUGUACCAACGCCUGCCGCGUCGUCCUGAUGAUGCCAAGGAUACCAUCAUGCAGGCUCAUUUCCCCACUGAGCGCGACGAGUGGAACAACGAGCAGGUCGAGAAGAACUAUGAGGUCGUCAACGACGUCAUCCAUGCUGCCCGUAGUCUCCUCACCAGCUACCCGAUCAAGGGUGGCGCUACCUUCUAUGUGCACGUUGGAUCAGAGGCUGCCACCGAGCUUUUGGGCUCAGAGGGCGCGAUCAUCACCUCCCUCGUGAAGGGCGCCAAGUCUCUGACCACCAUCAGCAAGGCUGAGCCCGCUCCCGCUGGCUGUGCUGUCUACACUGUCAACGAGGACAUCAACCUGCUCCUGCUCGUCCGCGGCUUUGUCAAUUUUGAUGAGGAGCUGGGCAAGCUCGAGAAGAAGCUGGCCAAGGCCAAGGAGAACCUCUCGACCUGGAAGAAGAAGACCGAGGGCGCUGACUACGAGGCUAAAGUCAAGCCCGAGGUGAAAGAAGCCAACGAGCUGAAGAUCAAGGGCUUCGAUGCCGAGGUGGAGGCUCUUACCGCCAGCAUCAACAACUUUGUGUCUCUGCGGGAUGCCUGA